UCAAAAAUGUAUCUAUCUUAUCAAAGAGCGCCAAGAUAAAGAUGCAUCAAAAUGAGAGUGAGUUCUUAAAUGUCCGUCAUUCCGUGGCAAAAAAUUAAGUAGCGCGCGACGUUCGGCACAACGAAAUAAUGCCAUCUCGACAACUCCUGCCGCUCGGGAACGACGAUUCCAUCGAAACUUGCACGAACGUGUCCUUCCAAGCGCACCAUGUGUCGCGCCAGAAGCGGGGCCGUGCCCUGGGCACAGUGCGCGGCUUCCGUGGUUGCACCGUAUGGUUCACGGGCCUCUCCGGAGCGGGCAAGACCUCGAUAGCCUUCCAACUGGAGGCGUGUCUCGUCGACAUGGGCAUCGCCGCGUACGGCCUCGACGGCGACAACGUGCGCACCGGCCUCAACAGCAACCUCACCUUCAGCCCGGAGGAUCGCACGGAGAACAUCAGGCGCGUCGCCGAGGUCGCCAAGUUGUUCGCCGACAGUGGACAGAUAUGCCUGUGCAGCUUCGUCUCGCCCUUCGAGGAGGACCGGCUCAUGGCUCGCAACAUCCACAACGAGUUCGAGCUCCCGUUCUUCGAGGUCUUUGUCGACACGCCGCUCGACGUCUGCGAAUCCAGGGACGUCAAGGGCCUGUACAAAAAGGCGCGCCAGGGGGCGAUCAAAGGUUUCACGGGGAUCGAUCAGUCGUACGAGCGGCCCUCGCGGCCCGACCUCGUCGUCACGACGGUCAACUGCACGCCCGAGGAGUCGGCCCUCCGGGUGGUCCGGUUCCUUCAAAAGAAGCACAUCAUUCCCGAGGAGUCUGAACCCGGGGCGCGGGUCCGUGAGCUCUUCGUCCCCGCUGCUAGGCUUCAAGCGGCCAGAGCCGAGGCCCUGAGCCUCCAGAAACUCGAGAUCGGCAAGGUCGACGUGCAGUGGAUGCAGGUGCUCGCCGAGGGCUGGGCCGCGCCCUUGACGGGCUUCAUGCGCGAGGAGCAGUAUCUCCAGGUGCAGCAUCUCAAGUGUCUGCUGCACGAUGGCAAGGAGAUCAAUCAAUCGAUCCCCAUAGUGUUGGCCGUCAGUACGGCGGACAAGGACCGUCUGGAGGACCAGCCGGCCAUCUGUCUGAGGUACGACAAGGCCGAUCUGGCGAUCCUCCGUCGUCCAGAGUUCUACUUUCACCGGAAGGAGGAGCGAUGCGGCUGGCAGUUUGGUACGAGUAAUCCGGGCCACCCGAGCGUGAGGAUGGUCCUGGAGUCGGGUGACUGGCUGCUCGGUGGCGAACUCGAGGUUUUCGAGCGCAUACGCUGGAACGACAAUCUCGACGAGUAUCGGCUCACACCCAACGAGAUACGUGACCGCUGCCGAGCUAUGAACGCCGACGCGGUCUUUGCCUUCCAGCUGAGGAAUCCCAUACACAACGGACACGCGCUUCUGAUGCAGGAUACGAGGAGGCGACUGUUGGAGGAGAGGGGCUUCAAGAACCCGGUUUUGCUG